GGUAUACCGCUCUCCGAAGAGAGCCUAUGAUAUCUUUGGUCUUUUUCCCAUCCUUUCUGUUUGUUGGUCAACAACCAACCACAGCUAUCUAUAGUUCUUCACUACUCCUACAGGAAAGACUCUCUUUCUGUCUGUAUGGAGGGAAUUUUUUUUUCUCAAUCAAUCACUAUGUUUCCACUCAAUUUUCAUUACGAAGAUGUAUCACGUCAGGAUCCGUUGCUCAAACUGAAUCACGCCAACGUUAUGGAAGUUCCUGGAUCGUGUGAAAUAAGAGUAGUACCAAAGGCACCCUAUGAUUUCAUAAUCAAAAAUGGAAAAUUGGCUAUGGAGAUUCCGCGCGGUCAGAAAUUCAUACAGACACAAAGGGGUUCGACAGGAAAGUCGUUUCGAUCCAAUCCAUUCUUGGGGUCAAAUAAAGACAAAGGAUAUGUCAGUGACCUAGCACGACAAAGCACUCUCCGAGGGCAUGGAAUGUCUAAUUUUUCGGUCAGAAUCUCGACAGUAAUGUCUCUGUUAGAUUCUCCGGUCGAAAUCAGGGAAAACUCCAUUCAAUUCUCGAUGGAAACGGAGUUUUGCGAAUUCUCCCCGGAACUGGAAGAUCAUUUCGAGAUCUUCGAACAUAUUCGAGGGUUCAAUGUGACUAUUGUCACUUCGGCCAACACACAAGAUGAGACUUUACCACCGUGGAGCGGCUUUUUGCAAAAAGAUGAGGGAGAAACUCAGUAA